ACUGGAUCAUCGAAGCCGCAGCAUCAUCAGCACCGGACGACGCAAGUGGCAGCAAGGGGAAUAGUAGGAUGCUGUUCGACCCCAGCAGAGCGGAAUGGGGCUGGACCAAGGAGGGGGGGCAGUUCGGCACACACCUGGCCGACAUGUCCGUCAGGUGCAUCGAUUGGGACACCAACAAGGCCACCCCCAUGCCCGGCGCCCCCCAGACCGUCAGCACCUACGUCCGCGUCGAGUCGCCCAUCACCAUGCCCCGGCAAGACAGCCCCGACGUCUACUGGCGGCUGGGGGACUCCUGCGGCGGCUCCUUCGACCAGCUGAGUGAGGACGACUACGGCAGCCGGCCGCCGAGCGGAACACGGAACUGGACUGAGUACCGCAGCUUCACGCAGGCCAAGUGGCACAGGUGUGAGCUGCCGGCCGGUGCUGUUGAUGGGAACGAGCCGAUGCCGCUGGAGCUGAAUGGGCAGGACUGGGGGAAGGUGUGGCGGAUUGACAUGGCCUGGGGCGGCGUCGAAACGACAUACCCACAGCAGGGAAGUGGAAAUGGCACCAAUCAGACGGCCAGUGGGGUGGAAUACAACGUCUAUGUGCCGCGUAAGGCCACACACACACACAGACACAACACACGCCAGAACAGGCCUGCUGGCUCUUUCUUUCUGUGUGUGUGUGUCAUGGUCAUGCUGCAGCUGCGGGGACGCCAGCGCCGAACCAGACGCAUGGUUGCGAGUUUGCGUGGUAAAGAGAGCAUGAGUAUGGAACCGGCAUCUCCUCUGAUGGUUCAUGCUCUCUUUACCCACAGGCCUUGCGACAUCACCAUCAAGGGCUACAUGCUCCCUCUGGAAGGAAGCAUCGUCCUUGUCCCCGCCGCAGCCACCGCCCUCCCACCAGAGGACGCCCAGCCCCACCUACACUUCCUCUACAGCAUCAAUUCGACUGUCAACCAGACGGCCAACAUGACGACAGCCGAUGGGCUUCAGGAGGUGGAUCAUGCCGAGAUGGACGACGACAGCGAUCGCCGCGCCUUGACGGUCACCCUGCCGCUGCAGCACCUGUCUGAGCGAUCGUAUGACGUGUGGCUGUGUGCCGACUACAAGGGAUGCAAGCCUGCUGGCGGCCUUACCAAUGGUGAGCACAGAGCUCUGACAAGAAGUGGCCUAUGUGACGUGCUUCACUUUAUCUGUCCGCCUGUAUGUCUGUGUGUGUGGUGCAGGCAUCUGCGGUCACGUGAAGCCCGAUUUCAGCCGCGACAAGGAGAUCGCCGAGGUGGUGCCUCCCAGGUACUGGGGCAAGCUGCCGCCCCUCCACUUCUCCAUCCCAGGCUCCUCAUGCGACGCGCCCAUCAACCUCCGCGACAUGCACGACCUCAUCAGGCCCUCAACCGUCCUAUGCUGCUUCACACAGCAAGGCACCUACAAGGUCGAGUUUGGGACCUUCAUGCCCUGGCUGACGCCCCCCGCCGCCCCGCCUGUCGUCCCGCCACUGUCCUUCUCGUUUGGGGGGUUCUCCUACUCGACGGGCUAUGGCGUGUUCUUCUCACGUCUGGGGCAGGAGUACUGGCAGGGCGCCCCCGGGGCGGCUCUAGAGGUGGACUGGUCGGCAGAGCUGACGCUGGAGGUGCCCUCCGCGGGCACGCCGCUUGACAGCGCCCUGACGGUGUGUGUGGAGGGACAGCGGUGCGAACUGCAGCUGCCUGGCUACCACUUAGGGCCGGAAGACACCGUCACCGUCGUGGCCGCUGAUGCGUCGUGUGAGGAUGGUGCUGGCGAUGGGGAGAGCUGGACUAACAGGAGCCCGCCGGCCGUGAUGGGUGUGUUUGAUUUGGGGGUGGUGGGGGCGGAUGGCGGCCUGCAGCUGCCCGAGGGGCAGUACCGUGUGUGCCACUUCUACAAGGAGGGCACAGAAGCGCCAAAAGGGAAACCUGCAGGCACCAUCAAGAUCGGUCGGCAAGCACAGAUCUGCACGCACCCAUUACAACACGCCGCACAAUGGUCAUUUUGCCAUGUGUGUGUUGAUUGACUCAUCUCAUUCAGUGACCAGCGAUGAGUCCCCCGGUGUGUCGUGCGGCUGGGUGGUGCCGCAGCCGGGCUCCUAUCCCGAGCGGCUGCGUUGGUCCGUCUCCGGCCGCCUCGACGGCACGACGUGUGAGGGCGGGAGCUACACCAGCAAUACGACCGUCUUCCCGCAGGCCUGUUGCUUCCCAGCCGACACGCAGGUCACCAUCAACGUCCUCGACGCCACCAACCAGACGGGCUGGCAUGGCGGGGGCGUCACGCUGCUGCUGGACACGGACAACUACAUCGUCGACGAGGGCAGCGUGCCGGGAUGGGCCAACGAGGCGUCGUUCACCGUCACCACACCAGCCAAGCCUUCUGCGGCGGGCGAGCCGCCGUCUGCCGCACCACCUGACGCCAAGAAGAAGAAAAUGAUGAGCACGGGCAGCAAUGGGCGAAGAAAGAGAGGGCUGCAGUGGCUGGCCAGACCCAUGGGUGGGUGAGAGAUGGAAACGAGCCUCCACAUCAGAUCUGAUGCAUGGCACUCUCUCUACAUCUGUCUGUUGCCGUGUGGGUGUUUCCUCCCAGUUGAGGACCACUUUCUGACGGCGAGUGUGGGCGAUUCAUCCCCUUCGGAGCCCAUUCCACUCCCCGCCAGCCCCGAGCAGGAGUUCAGCUGCCUCUUUGACGAGAACGGCCCGCUCCCCGACGGCUGCACCGUCCACCUGCCCACUGACGCCCCCGCCGGCACACUGCGGCUGACCCGCCUCAAUGACACAUGCAGUGACGACACACCAGCACCAGCCAAGAGCAUCGGCACGGCGUCUGGGGGCGGCUCCGUGGAUGUCUCUGGGCUGGUGGAUGGCGAGAUGGGUGCGGGCAUCUACCGCGUCUGUGUUGGGGAGGCCGACGUGGGCCGGCUGUUUGUGUGUUCGUCCGACUCGCUGCUGGACAGCCGGUGCAACGAUGAGUGCAACACCUGGCGGCUGUGGUUUGAUCACGGCGACUGCUGCGCGUCGCCGCUGCGGAUGGACGUGGACAUGUCACAGUGCCAGUACUGCCAAUGCAGAGACACACAAGGUCUGUGCCACCCCACCCCACACACACAGAGAGACAGAGACCAGAUGGUGUCCUUUCUCUCUGUGUGUGUGGCAGGGUGUCACUUUGCGGUGACGGCUGAGAUCAUCGUGGCCGAUGUCUACUGGGCUGACCUCUCGACCAUGGCGCAGGAGGCCUUCGCAACACUCGGAUGGGACAAAGACGGGUCAGCACCCAUCCAAACACACACACAAUGCCCCCACAGAUGCACUCUCUCUCUGUCCAUCCAACCAUCAGGUGGGACGCCUUCUACCACGGCCACAACGCCACUCUCUCAUCAUCCACCACCAUCACCGCCCCCGUCUACCUCCAAGAGCGGAAGUUCGAGCGCCUCUCUCCCGCCCAGCAGGACGCCGUGAAAACACUGGGGUUCACUGAGGCAUCCUUCGACGCCCACCUGCUGAGGGAUUUCCCUUUGCCGAGGAACGCCCGGGGCACCAAUGCGACAUCUGCUGGGCAUGAGUGGAUGGGCUGCACGGCUGAAUGAGACAGGGAGGGAGGGAGGGAGGGAGACUGAGUGAUUUUUCCAGUUCCGAGGGGGCGUUGGUUGGUGCUUCCCGCCCGCCCACCUUGGUUGGUUGGUUGUGUGUUGCUUGCUUUGCUGUUGGCGUGAGCCCGCGACUAGAUGCUUUUAUGGCCUUGCGCGUGGAUGCGUGUGUGUGCGUGUGCUGUCUGUGUGUCCGUUUAUCUACCCACACAGCUAGCUAUGAUCGAGCGCAGUGGUGGCCUGCCUGCAUGGUGUGUGGUGUCAUGUGCUGUGGGGUGGUGUGGUGAUAUGACGCUUUUCUUACUUUCAUUCUUUAGCUGUCUGAUGGCAAACUGGCUAACUGCUGUUUGCAGCACGUCCGUGUCUGGCCUUGCCUUGCCUUGCCUUGCCCUGCGUUGCCCGGUCUGUGGCAUGUCGUUCGUUUCUUAUAGAGGGAGCCUCAUACUACUUACCUACACACAGAUUGUGUACCAUACACACACACACACACACACACACGCCGACUUUUUCCUGAUUGACGAGCAGCUCAUUUUGCGUGAUUUUGUAAGGCCGGCGUGUGGUAAUGUUUGCUCAAAUACUGAAAAUGCUACAUUACCUGCCCUGCCUUGCCUGCCACUUGGCAGCGUCCAGGCUUCAUGGUGCUACAGUGUUUUUUGAAGCCGCUUCUUUCCUCCUCUCUGUGUGCGCGUGUGCUUGGUAGGCAGCUGGGUACUUGCAGACUCUUGGCUUGUCUUGGCCUUGAUUGCAAUGUCGAUGUGGCGGUGUGUCGCUGUAGGUGCGUGAUGCUCUCUAUCUGUGUGUGUGAGUGACCCUUUAUCCCAUGUGUGGCGUCUUUAUCUGAAGAUAAAGUCCCCUCAUGUGGCCUUCC